CGACAACACGCUCACGUCUGCAGUGACGUGCGGUGGCGGUGAAAUGGAAGGAGCGGAGUUUGAUGAUAUUUUAGAUGACUGGUUCAUCGAGUCCCUGAAAACGUACAAAGAUCUUCAUGUGUAUCAGCUGGAACAUCCCACACAGGUCAUUGAGUGGACGUCAGGGAAGACCGUCUGCGUUGCAGGAUACAGUCCGACUAAAAACGAAAUCUUGGAGCUUCAUCUGCCUCUGAAACUCUUUGCUGAUGAAAAUAAGGGUCUCUGUGCAGAGCGGGACUUCAAAGUCGUCCACGGUGGUUUCACAGACGGUCCCGUCCGCUGCCUCAGACACGUCCCAGGAACAAGGUGUGCUGUGACCAGUGACGGGCUGAGCUCCAACCUGCAGGUGUGGGACCUCGGAGGGGACGACAGCGAUGUGAUCAGAAGAACAGGAAGCGUGGAGGGGAGGAGGGGUGAGUCGGAGGGGGGCAGCAGGAUCGCAGCUCGACUCUCAUCACAGCCGCAGAUUCUUCAUGGAGCUCAGAGCAGCGACAUCCAGCUGACUCACCUGACCUCAGGACAGACUCUGUAUAAACUAGACACUGACUCUGCAGAUCCUCUCAGCUCCUUACAGUUUGUGAGUGACAGCGUUUUCCUCGCCGGCUGCUGUAACGGGAACGUUUACGUCGCUGACACUCGGACGUCUGCCGCCCCUCAGCUCUCACCUCCACUGGCGUCUUCGGGCGAGUCCGUCCUCUGGUGGACGGACGCCUUUGCUGGUCCAGACCCGUCUGGCUGCAGGAUCAUCAGACUUUCCUCGUCCGGACAGGCGGUGGUCUCGGACCUGAGGAACCCGGGAGGAGCCGUGAGUCGGGCUCAGUUGGACGUUCAGACGCGGCGCUGCAGCGUGGACGGUGUCAGGGUGUCGUGGGCUCCAGCGCUGGACGACUGUAUCGCAGUGUCAGGUUUCAGCGGAGCGGUUCAGAUCUACAACACCUCGGUCUGGAGGACGGAGCUGCAGGAGUCCCGGCCGCUGUUUGAGCAUCGAGGUCACGUGGUUUCAUCACAACAGUCCAAUGACGGCGUCCCCGUCUUCGUCACCUCCCACGUGUGGCAUCCCGACCUGCCGCGGACAUUGCUGUCCGCAGCCUCAGACGGCUCCGUCCACGUGUGGGACUGGGUCGACCAAUCGGCUGCUGAUGGUCCAGCACCAGGAACAAAGUGAAGCUCUGGUUCACAUGGAAAGAGGAUGAUGAAGAGAACUCAUGUUACCUGUGUACUGUACUGAAGCUACAGCUGAACAAAGGAAAACAGUUCAGUGUUUUCCUGUGUGGAUUGUACUGCUGCCUCCAUCUUUUAUGAUGAGGUGAAGAGAUGAAAAUGGAAUUUAGCUGAAGAAACAAUUUUAAAAAAACAAAACAAAUGUAUCUCUGAAUUCAGGUUGAGCCAAACACAUUUCUACUUGUUGUAGUUUAAUUCUAGGCUUUAAGUUGUUCAUUAUUACUUAAUUAUGACCCGUCAGGUUUCUUUUUACAUAAAUUAAAG